AUGGAACCCUGGGAAGAACAACUCGACAUAAACGACGACGUUUCAGAGCUCCCAUCCUUCUCUCUCCGCCCUUGCAACCACCGCGCUUCGUCUCCUUCCCCAAAUCCCCAAUCCAAACCCUCCUCUUCAUCUCCGCCCCUUAUUCCAGGACCCGCUAGCGCCGUUCAGGCCGCGAUGCACCGCCGCUCCCAUACCCACUCCGACGAGCCGGUUCCGACGCAGGAGUUAAGGAGAGUCGUCGAGAACGGAGAUGAGGAAGACGACGAUUUCGCCGCCGAUUCUUGGCUCCGCGCUCUCGAAUUCGGAGGCGGCGGCUCUCGGACCCCUUUGGGCUCCAUCAAGAAGGGGCUUGACACUCUCAGAGUAGCUAAGGUUGUUGCUAUGAUCAAAUCUUGCACCCCAAAUGGUCUUGGUGAUCUCAUGUUGACUUUGAAGGAUCCUACAGGUACAAUUGGUGCUACCAUCCACCGCAAAGCCCUUUCCGAGGGAGAGUUUGGGAAGAGCAUUUCUGUUGGUGCAGUUUUGGUUCUGCAGAAGGUGGUCGUGUUUUCUCCCUCGCGCUCUGCUUGUUAUCUUAAUGUGACUUUGAACAACAUUGUCAAGGUAAUUUCCAAGGACAGUGGACUUCUUGCCACAAAAGAAUUUCCAAUUUCACCAGUCAAUACUCCUGCUCCCAUCAGUGAAAGUAGUAAAACGUUACGGAUGGCACAAGAAACAUCCCUCACGGCACAAAGUACACAGCGAAUCAUGAAAUAUCUGAGACAAAAUACCAAUGUGACUGGGAGUGAAAAUACUGAGAAGCAUAUGGAAGUUGGCCACACGGCACCUGGAAGGAUUUUAUCUGGUCAUGCCCACUCUGCAAGCCAAUAUGCUGCUGUAGAGAUGGAACCUUCAUUGGUGGAAAAGGCUAUGCCUAAUAGAAUCAAUAAAAUGUCAGUUAGAGAAGACGUUAUUGAUACCGAAUAUCUAACAGGGGUAGCUGAGGAGAUCAGAAUGGCUGAAGAGGACAAUUCAUCAAGCAUCAGCCAAUGCAUUAGUGGUUCAGCAAACUCAACUGAGAUUCCUGAUAAUCAUGGGAGAAUAACAGGAGCAAAACGGCCAAGGCAGCCACUGAGCUUAACAACUGCACUCCCAGACUAUACAGAAGAACAACUAAAUCAGUUUGAUUUUGACUGAUGCUUUACCUUGAUACCGUGUUGCUUAGAAUCAUAUUAGUAGGAUGUUAUGACCUAAAUUCGACUCCAAG